AUGAAUGAAUGCAGUUCAACUUUCUGGACUGAUUCCACAGCCGUACUUCAAAGUAUAAGAAAUUCGAAGAAACGAUUCUCCACAUUUGUUGCUAAUCGUUUAGCAAAAAUUGAUAGAAAUACUGAUGUAUCACAGUGGCGCCAUGUUCCAACGAAGAUGAAUCCAGCUGAUGAUGCUUCGCGUGGUCUUAGAGUUGAUGCAUAUUUAAAGUCAGGACGAUGGAUCAAUGGGCCCGAGUUUUUGCGUCUUUCUGAAGACAAGUGGCCAAAGAUGCCGGACUGUUUUCCUGAUCCACCGUCUGAAUUUUGUCCAAAGCCAGUUCCAGAAAUAAAGUCGGCAUUUGUAAUAAAGGAAGAGUCUUCUGUCAUGGACAGGUUCAUAGGAUUCUUUUCUACAUUCUACCGUUUGAAGAAAGCAACUUGUUGGCUCAUACGAUUCAAGAAAUAUUUGUGUUCUCAUAAGAAGUCAAUAGACAAGCUUACUGAACUGCCAGCAAGACUGACUGUGCAGGAACUGAGCUAUGCUGAAAGAGUUAUUAUUGAAUAUGUUCAAAGACAAAGCUUUCGUGAAGAAAUGAAAUGUAUAUUAAAUGGUAAAUUUAUCAGUAAAGGUGAUUGCUCUCGCCGGAUGUUGAAACUUAAUCCUGUUCUAGAAGAUGGUUUGAUGAAAGUAGGAGGACGCUUGGAAAAUGCACCAAUUAUGCAUUCAUCAAAGCAUCCCAUCAUAUUGCCUCAUAUCACAUCUUACGGAUCUAGUCAUCAGGGAUCAUCACAACAAAGUGGAGUUGCAGUAAGAAGGGUCAUCGGAAAUUGUGUUUCUUGUCGAAAGCGAAAUGCCCGCCCUGGAAAACAAUUUAUGGCAGAUCUACCUUCCUGUCGACUGAAAUCGGAUGAACCAGUGUUCAGUCAUGUUGGUGUUGAUCUAUUUGGACAUUUUCUUGUUCGACAGGGAAGGAGUGAUGUGAAAAGAUGGGGUUGUGUGUUCUCGUGUAUGACAACUCGUGCUGUUCACAUCGAGGUGGUAAAUAGUUUGUCUGCUGAUUCUUUCAUAUGUGCACUCCGACGAUUUAUUGCUCGAAGGGGUCAUUGUACUCAUAUAUAUUCGGACAAUGCUGGUAAUUUUGUAUUGGCAGAGAAAAUACUUGAAAAUUCCUUGAAGAUAUGGAAUGAUUCUCAAAUUCAUGGAUACUUACGUCAAAAGGGGAUAACAUGGCAUAAAUCACCGCCUACAGGUUCAAAUCAUGGAGGUGCAUGGGAACGAAUGAUUCGGUCAAUUCGUCGAAUUUUCAAUGCUGUUACUCAGGGUCAAACUAUGACAGAUGAAGUUUUUAGGACCGCCUUGAUCGAGUGUGAAUCAUGCUUGAACAGUCGUCCAAUAAUUCCUGUAACAUUUGACCCACGGGAUGAAGAGCCUUUAACGCCGAAUCACUUGUUAUUACUUCGGUCAAAUCAAAAUGUGCCUCCUGGAGUUUUUGACAAGAAUGAUUGCUAUGUUAAACGUCGAUGGGCACAAUCUCAAUAUCUCGCAAAUGAAUUUUGGAGAAGAUGGAUUCGAGAGUAUCUGCCUACGAUUAUUGAGCGACACAAGUGGUUUCAGAAAGAGAGAAAUUUCAAGAAAGAAGAUGUUGUCCUGGUGGUAGACGAUUCUCAACCUCGAUCAAGAUGGGCAAUGGGAAGAAUCGUGGAUGUGUAUCCAGACAAGAAGGGACUGAUACGAACAGUGCUUGUUAAAAUUCGUAAUAGCUUGGUAAAGCGUCCCAUCACCAAGCUAGUUCUUGUUGUUGAAGGCACUAAAUGA